AUGGCUUUAAAGAAGAAGAAGAAGAAGAAGAAGACGAAGAGUUCUCACGGGAAUAUUACUACUCAUAAUAACAACAACAACGAGGACAAAGACGACAACGACAGCAACGCGUUCUUUUCGCGCAUUCGACGCAUCAAAAGCAGAUGGAAUCAACGACGAAAUUCAUCGACUUUUAAGGAAGAUUUCGUCGCGUUUUGUUCCAACAAAACCACCACAAAGCGGAAUGAUACCGAUGAUACCGAUGAUCAAAACGAGAAGUUGUUCUUAGUAGACGACGUCGUUUCUCAGGAAUCCAUCUCGGACCAGACGUACGCGAUGAGUCGCGCGUACAAAAUCGAUCGAUUGGGCGCGAAAUUGGCGUUGGAUUUAGCCUUGGGAAAGCAAACGGAAGUGAGACGAGUGUUCGAAGCGCUCAGAGGAGGAGAAUCGAAAGGAAAAGAGGACGACGACGAGGAGGAUGAAGAAGAAGAGGAACGGACGAUGUUUGAGCGCGUGUUUGGAGACGGGUGUAAAAAAGUACCGAAAUCGAACGACGUGCGCUUUCGAGCGCCGCUGGAGGCGUUGCGAGAGGCGUUGGAUGUCGUGGAUACUUUAGAGGAGAAGAAGAGGAGGAAAAGGAAGAAGAAUGGAGAGGAGGUCGGUAGGAGUGGCGAUGAUGGCGAGAGUCACGCGAGCAGUGAAUACGAUUCAGACGAUUCGGGCGAUUCAGACGAUGAAACGGAAUAUUCGACGGAGGAUUUUCAAUCGUCCGAGGCGUCGAGUUUGCUUUCGAUUGGCGAACACGCUCGAACAAUAAGAAAAGAGAAGAACAGCGAGAAAACGACAAGCACGCAAGAACAAACGACGACAACGAGUAGUAAAUCCUUGUUUAGAGACGUCGUGUUUGCCGCUUACCACAUCUUUGCGUUGAACGAUGCCAAGAAGCAAGCGUUCGAUAAGUGGAUUUCAGACGACGUUAAUCGAUUAUACGCUAAAGAUUUACUCUUAUCCGAGAAGGAAAUCAAAGACGACGAUAAGAAACCGUGCGCGGCGACUAGAGCGGAGUUUUUACGAGUCGCGUGCGCGUCGAGAGCGUCAAACGCGGAGAAAGUAGCUUUAGAAACGCUGGAAACACAAUUCCCUCGUUGGCAAAUACAAAUCCAACGAGCGAAACGAAGACGAGACGUGUCGUCGAGAAUAGCCAACGAACGAUGGGUGCGUUUGUUACAGACGCACGCGUCCGAAAUUCGACAAAAAGUAGAAGAGUUACCGGGAGAUGCAGAUUUUGCGUUGGCGUGGAAAAAAAUGCGCGAGUUUACUCGGAAAUUCGACGUCACCGAGGCGCAACAAAACGCGUACGCCGCGACCGAUCCAAUCGCACAAAAAGAAAGCGCCAGAGUCGCUGAUGCGUGUCGAGCGAUGCUUUUAGAUGGGUUAAACGCCGCGUGUGGCGUCUCUAUAUCGAACUUAAGCAUCGUCGAAGACGAUUCGCAAUAUUACAACAGCGAUGUGUUUGAAAAACAACGCCUUCUGAUUGCUAAAGAGUGCGGCAGACCUUUGCGUUCGCUCGAAGCGCGAUGCGCGCAAGCGAGGAAAGAAAUCGGCACUUUGACGUCGCGCGCGUUCGCCGCCGCGCCAAUCGUUUCCACCGCCGCCACCGCGUCUAUGUUUCAAAAUCUCUCUCUCCAAUACGAGCUCCACGAAAAAGAGCAAAUCCAAAACGAGCUCUUGGAGGAAGAAUCCGUCGAACAGGAAGCGCGAACCGAACGCGAAAGACUGAAAAAGCAAGCCAAACUCGACCGCCUGCGAGAACUCGCCAGACGCAAACUCGAAAAAGAAAACGAACGAAAAAGAGCGGAAGAGGAACUCCUCCUGCGUAAAAAAGAAGACGAGCGUUUGCAAGAACUCGCCAUCGAAGAGCGAAGAGCAGAAAUCGCGCGCGUCGAAGCGCGAAGAAAAGCGCGAGACGUCGAAGAGCAACGUUUAAUUUUGGAGGAAAUCGAACGCCAAAACAAAGCGAACAAAACCUGGGCGGAUUACGCCAGCGAUAGCGAAGAGGACGAUCUGAGCGAUUUGAGAGCGUUCGUGGAUAAGGUAAACAUGAAUGAAUAG